AUGUCUUUCAUCAAACUCAUUCUUUUUGCAACUUUCUUCCUCUCAUUUACAUUCUCUCACGCUCAUCCUCCACGCUUCAACUUUGGCUGGGGUGGUGGUCAUCAUCAUGGUGGAAUGUCCUUUGGUCUUUCUCCUCAAUUCUAUCAGUUUUCAUGUCCUCAAGCUAAUGACAUUGUCAUGUCAGUCUUGGAGAAGUCCAUUGCCAAAGAUAUCAGAAUCGCCGCUUCUCUUCUUCGACUUCACUUCCACGAUUGCUUCGUCCAGGGUUGUGACGCGUCGGUUUUGUUGGACGAUAGUGCGACGGUUGCUAGUGAAAAAAAUGGCGGGCCUAAUAAAAAUUCGCUCCGAGGUUUUCAAGUGAUUGAUGAGAUCAAAUCUAAAUUGGAACAAACAUGUCCUCAUACAGUCUCUUGUGCAGACAUUGUUGCACUUGCUGCUAGAGGAUCCACUGUCCUUAGUGGAGGACCUAAUUGGGAGCUACCAUUAGGAAGGAGAGACUCAAAAACCGCCAGCCUAAGGGGUUCAAACAAAAACAUCCCUCCACCAAAUGCUACCAUUGAAGGACUCUUAACAUUUUUCAAGCGUCAAGGUCUUGAUGAAGUAGACCUUGUUGCUCUUUCAGGUGCACAUACAAUUGGUGUAGCAAAAUGUGCAACAUUCAAGCAAAGACUAUACAACCAAAAUGGAAACAACCAACCAGAUGAAAAUCUAGAGAAAACAUUUUACUUUGGUUUGAAAACAAUGUGUCCGAAAUCAGGUGGUGACAACAUCAUUUCUCCUUUGGAUUUUGGUUCUCCAAGAAUGUUUGAUAACACAUAUUACAAACUCUUACUUAGAGGAAAAGGAUUACUUAAUUCAGAUGAAGUGCUUGUCACCGGAAAUGUUAGAGAAACUCAUGAAUUGGUGAAGAAAUAUGCACAAGAUGAGAGUCUCUUCUUUGAACAAUUUGCAUUGUCGAUGAUCAAGUUGGGAAAUCUUCGUCCUCUUACUGGAUUUAAUGGUGAAGUUCGAAAGAAUUGUCGCCGAGUUAAUUAA